GAAGUGGGCCUGGAGCGGACGAUGAGCUCGAUGUCGUGUAACAUCUUCAACGAGCUGCGUCUGGAGGGGAAGCUGUGUGACGUGGUGCUGGAGGUGGAGGGGCUGCAGUUCAAGGCCCACAAGAACAUCCUGUGUGGGUGCAGUCCCUACUUCAGGGUCCUGUUCACCCACAACAUGUCCCCGGUGACGGGGGUGUACCCCAUCCCGGGCGUGUCGGCCGACACCAUGCAGCUGCUCAUCGAGUACGCCUACACCCGGCACGUGGAGGUGACCUGGGACAACGUGGAGGCCCUGCUGGUGGCGGCCGACUACCUCUCCGUCAUGGGCGCCGUGCGCGCCUGCUGCGGCUUCCUGGGCGGCCAGCUCAGCGUGGACAACGCGGUGGGCAUCUGGCGGCUGACCAAUCACUACCCGCUGCCCAGGCUCCGGCGCCGGGCCUACCUGUACAUACUGCGCUGCUUCGAGGAGGUGGCGCGCGUGUCCGAGGAGUUCCCCGAGCUGUCCCUGGAGCAGCUGGGGGACCUCCUGGGGGAGGACACCCUCAACGCCGCCCAGGAGGAGGUGGUGUUUGAGGCGCUGCUCCGGUGGAUCUCCCACGCCCAUGAGGAGCGGAGGGGACACAUCUCACAGCUGCUGCUCAAGGUCCGCAUGGGCCUGAUGGACACCGAGUACUUCCGGGGCCGCGUGAAGAACCACUCCCUGGUGCGCAGCGACGAGCGCUGCCGCCCCGUGAUCCUCGAGGUGCUGCGGGUCAUGUACGACCGCGACAUGAACACCCGCCUGGACUUCUCCAACCCGCUCACCCGCCCCCGCCUGCCGCACGCCGUCCUCCUGGCCGUGGGCGGCUGGAGCGGCGGCGCGCCCACCAACAGCAUGGAGUCGUACGACGCCCGCUCCGACCGCUGGGUGAGCGUGACGGACGCGGACGAGGCGCCGCGGGCGUACCACGGCGUGGUCUCCCUGGGCGGCGCCCUCUACUGCGUGGGCGGCUUCGACGGCGUGCAGUACUUCAACAGCGUGCGGCGCUUCGACCUGGCCGCCCGCCGCUGGCACCAGGCGGCGCCCAUGCACGCGCAGCGCUGCUACGUGAGCGUGGCGGCGCUCGACGGCUGCGUCUACGCCAUGGGCGGCUACGACGGCCACACGCGGCUCAGCAGCCUGGAGCGCUACCAGCCCGAGGAGAACCAGUGGACGCCGCUGGCCUCCAUGCACGAGCAGCGCAGCGACGCCAGCGCCACCUCGCUCCACGACAAGGUGUACAUCUGCGGAGGCUACAACGGCUCCAUGUGCCUCCAGAGCUCCGAGUGCUAUGACCCGCGGACCGACCAGUGGACCCUCAUCACCCCCAUGGGCGUGCAGCGCAGCGGCGUCGGGGUCGUCGCCUACAAGGACCACGUCUACGCGCUGGGUGGCUUCGACGGUGUGGACCGCCUGCGCACCGUGGAGGCGUACAGCCCGGCGACCACCGCGUGGCGCUCGGUGCCCUCCAUGUUCAUCCCGCGCAGCAACUUCGGCGUGGAGGUGCUGGAGGGGCUGCUGUACGUGGCCGGCGGCUUUAACGGCCACAGCACCACCUUCAACGCCGAGUGCUACGACGAUACGACGCAAGAGUGGAGCGACGUGCGCGACAUGGCCGUGCACCGCAGCGCGCUCAGCUGCUGCGUGGUCACGGGACUGUCCAAUGUGACCGAAUACGCGUUCCCGCGCCCGUCGCCGGCCCCGCCCGGACACCCGGACACACCGCUUUCAUUAUAGACUUUUAAUUAAACUUCGCCCGUUUAUC